AGGAUUGGUUCGCCUGUGUGAUGCACUCAGCCUAUCAAAGCAGUGCUGCUUCUCCCAUUCUCCCUGUAGGGACAUCUACAAGGCAUAAGGUACCCUGCGAAGUGGAACGGUAGAUACGCGCUGCUUUCACGGGCACACGGGUAUGACAAGUUUGGCCCUGUGAGGUCCUGAUGGAGGGGCAGCCUCAGGUUUCUUUUUUGGAAGGACGCCAUGUUUCCCUGUGUCUCCUCCUGGCCCUCUUCUGAUUCGCCAGCCGCCAGCGCCGGCAACCAUGCCCCACCUCCCUUGGCGUCGCCGAGCCCUCCUCACGCAUCACCUGCGUCCGUGCAGCCCCCCCUGCAGCAGCCCCUGCCCGACCUAUUGUGCAGCUGCUCUGUAGCGCCCCCCUCGCGCCACCAGCCGUCCGUCCACAUGGAGUCCCUCAUUGUGGUGACCGAGUACGAGCCCAGCGGCCCCGAGGACAGGAUGGGGGUGGACGACGAGGACGAGCCGGAGGACAUGGACAGCUCCGAGACGCCCGAUCCCCCUGCGUCGUCGGCGGCUGCGGUGCCGAUCCGCAUGGCCUCGUGCGACCUCCUGUCGCACGCGGUGAGCCGCCCGGAGGCGCUCUUCCCCCAGCCGCAGGAGACGCGCGGGCGGCUGCACCUGUCGGACAGGAAGCUGUCGCUGCAGGAGCGCUCGCAGACGCUGUCGUCGCCGUGCAGCUCGCCCGGCCUAAACGGCCGCUACAUCUACCCGUCGCUGCCGUACUCGCCCAUCACGUCGCCGCACUCGUCCCCGCGCCUGCCGCGCCGGCCCACCGUCGAGUCCCACCGGGUCUCCAUCACCGACCUGCAGGACUGUGUUCAGCUCAACCAGUACAAGCUGAAGGAUGAGAUUGGAAAGGGUUCCUACGGAGUUGUCAAGCUGGCGUAUAAUGAAGACGACAACACCUACUACGCGAUGAAAGUCCUAUCCAAAAAGCGGCUGAUGAGACAGGCUGGUUUCCCACGUCGCCCACCCCCACGUGGUGCCAAAGGGCCCCCUGAAGGCCCCCCCCAACCCAAGGGGCCCCUGGAGAGGGUCUACCAGGAGAUCGCCAUUUUAAAGAAGCUGGACCACCCCAAUGUGGUAAAACUGGUGGAGGUAUUGGAUGACCCCAAUGAAGACCAUCUGUACAUGGUGUUUGAACUGGUUAAACAAGGUGCCGUGAUGGAGGUGCCUGCAGAUAAGCCCUUCACUGAGGACCAGGCGCGCUUCUACUUCCAGGACCUGCUGAGAGGGAUUGAGUACUUGCAUUACCAAAAGAUCAUCCAUCGCGACAUCAAACCCUCCAACCUGCUGGUGGGCGAGGACGGUCACGUAAAGAUCGCAGACUUCGGCGUGAGCAAUCAGUUUGAGGGGACGGACGCGCUGCUGACCAGCACUGUGGGAACGCCGGCUUUCCUUGCCCCCGAGACACUCUCCGAGACCCGCAAGAACUUCUCCGGAAAGGCUUUGGAUGUGUGGGCCAUGGCAGUCACUCUGUACUGCUUUGCAUUUGGCGUGUGUCCCUUUAUGGAUGAACGGAUCCUUAGCCUCCAUCAGAAGAUCAAGACCCAGCCUGUGGAGUUGCCUGAGCAUGCAGAUGUGUCCGAUGACCUGAAGGACCUCCUCCUGAAGAUGCUCGACAAGAAUCCUGAGAGCAGGAUAACAGUGCCCCAGAUAAAGGUGCACCCAUGGGUGACACGGCACGGUGCUGAGCCCCUCCCCCCAGAGGAUGACAACUGCUGCUCCCUCAUCGAGGUGACAGAGGAGGAGGUGGAGAACUCAGUCAAGCACAUCCCCAGCCUGGCCACCGUGAUCAUGGUGAGGACCAUGCUGCGCAAGCGCUCGUUUGGCAACCCGUUCGACUGGAGCCGCCGAGAAGAGAGAAGCCUGUCCACGCCAGGGCCCAUGCUGACAAAAGGCAGAGCAGGCAGUUUGAAAUACUGCUACAUUCAUGGUCACUCCAGGAAACAAGAGAGUGGGGACGGCAUGAGAAGCAUGGACCUGCCCUUUGUGGGCGAGGAUGAAGUGCUGUCCUGAUUGGCGGGCUCUCCGCGCUGGCUCAGGUCUGACAGAAGACGCCCUGGCGAUAGGGGGAAGUCGAAGUGCUGCCAUGUUUGCAAUUUGGCAGGAGACGGAAAGAGACAUGGCGGAGGGCGGCAGUGGGGGGGGGGGGACACAUGGAUGUGGUAAUGGAGUUUGUGUGUGUGUGUGUGUGUGCGUGGGUAGGAUUGAUUUCUAAGAGAGAGCCAUCAUUCCCGCCCUCACCUCUGUCUCUCCUGUUAAUGUUAGUGCUGCCACAUCAUGCAUGUGUGUACAGACCUGCAGUAGCAUGCAGCUUCCACUGCUCUGCUCCUCUGAUCUCCAGGCCAUCCAGUAACAUCUAAUGUCUUUUUCUUCUUUUUUCUUUUUUGUCUUGUUCCUUCCUUCCUCCAUCUUGGGAUUUCACACUGCACUUUCUUUGAUUUCCUGAUGCAGCACAAAAGAGAAAUGCAUCCCGCUGUCGCUGAAAUGUUAAGGCUAGCUCCUGGACUUAGGCCAGUGUGGUCUGUUUUCUUCCUUUACAAUGAUCCAAAAAGGGAACUUGUGCGAGGUAAAAACUACAAAUCCAAAAUUCGUAUUCAUACUUCCUGAAGAGGUUUGUUGAGGUAUCCAAAUUGAAAAUGAAUGGCAUUGAUUAACAAAGUGACAUAUACUGUAAGUGUGAUGUGUUGUUGAUGCCUGAAUAUUUAGAUUUGGUUAGCAAUAGAUUGGACAGUAAUUCAUUGUGUUAUUUUGUACAGUUGACAGUUGAGUUUUAUAAUUCUUUUGAGGGAGAAAGAAUUCAGGUAAUCAUGAUAGUGUAGUCCUGUGCUAUGAGGAGCUUCUGAAUGCCAUUUCUGAGCAGCAUUUGUACGAUACUGAAGCCCCAAACCAAAAUAGUAAACAUUGUGUAUACACAUUUACUAGGUUACUCUUAUCUCUGAGUACCAAAACGGUCCAAAAUGUUGAGCAGUAACACGUGCAGCCAACAUGUAGUUGUUGUAGUUUAGGCAUGAUUCGCAUACUCCUGUGUGUAAAGCUGACAAAAAGAGUAUAUUUUUGUACAUUUCCAACUGCGUCAUUGUGAGGUCUUGCAAAAAAUUUCGACCAGAUAAUUGUUUUACUUAGUUUGCAGAUCCUAAAGUUUUUGCAAUCUAUGCAUGGUAUCAUGUAAUGAAUUGUUGAAGGUUUGACUGAUAAAUUGUAUGCCUUACAUUUCAUAUUUACACCUUUUAUCUUAGGUCGUCACUACACAGUAUCUUAGGUAAUGCAGAAAUGUAGACAGAUAGAUUAAGGAAGUAGGGGUGUAUGGUAGUGUGUUAAGUAGUCUCAGAUAUAGCCUCAGAUAUAGAGUAAGGAAUGAAGCCCAUUCACAUGAACCCGAUCAACCCAAACCCCCACUGGGAUACAGUAUAGUAUGGUCAGUGUGCCCACCGUACCAGUAGGCUUGGUUUCUUUAUCUCCCUUGCUCUGUUUAAUUUUAGCAGUAGUUUUAGGAGUUCCUUAGCGCAGAUACAGUACAGCCACUGGAUUUAGAGAUCUUAAAGGCAUAUAUUACACUCACUGUUAAUGCUUCCACAUACUGUAAGAGUUCUUUCAGCAUGUAAUGUGUUGACUGUAUAUAAUGAAAGGAGUCUGCUAGGCAGUGACACAGACUUCAACCAUCGUUUUUUUUAUAUUGUGACUCCAACCCACUCCCCCUAUUCACACACACACACACACACACACUUGCUCACGCACAGACACACCUUUUUCCCCUCUUGCAUGCUACAUGGCUGUAUUGGAAAUAUCUCUCUGACUUGUAUAUUGUGUGUUUUUUAAGACUUGUUACUAUGCAUAAGACAUUUCACUCUGUGGUGCAAUUUGGGAUUUUGAUAGUCUGUUGUGUUUUCUUUUUGUAUUAUGUUUUAUUUUUGUUCUCUUUUUUUGUUUUGUUCUUGACACUGUUGGACUAAAGCUGUGUUUUUGGAAGCUGGUUACCAUGGAUAUGGAAGAUACGCAGGUGCAUUGGCAAACAGUAAAUGUACACAAAUUAUCAGGGGGAAACUCAUUUGGAAAGUCAUUCUUAAAAAUAAAGAAGAAAGGUCAAAACCUAAGACAACUUUAUCUUUUAACAUUAUGAUCACAUCUAUUUUAAAAAACUACCUCAGGCCUACAAGCUUAAAUUCAGCCAAUUACAUGAAGGCAUUGAUUAAAGAAUUAAGGCAUGACAACCCCACAACUUUUGUGAAGGAUGAAAUUCCCUUCAAAUUACCAAAUUAUCAAUCUGCACUGUUAGUUAUUAACAUUCACUGUUUCUAUACAUGCACAAUGGGAAAGGAUGUUUGACUAUAGACACUUACAAGAGUGAUUUGUGACGGACAGGGUUUGGAACCAACAGAAUGCUGUAAAAUACAUGUAUUUAUGAACAUUUUAAAUUGAAUCUUAUUUGUUCAUGGUUUCCGCCCAGUUUCACCCAAAGGGCUAUGAAAAUGUUGCUGUUUUAUAACACUUAGCCAAACAUGUUUGAAUCAUUGUAGUGAGAACCGUUUACAGUUAAAUUACCACUUAAUUGCAUGCCAUCUUAAACAUUACAUUUGAAUUUCUAGCAUGAUUGAGCUCUUCAGUAGAUCUGCAAUGAUCUCAUGGUAAAUCACUCAAGAUAUACUAUAUCCUGUUUAAUAUUUGAAUAAAUUAAAGUUGCCUUUC